UCCUUUCCCUCCCUUCCUUGCCCAUUCUCAAAAUUAUCAUUACGUUCCCUUAGUCCCUCCCUUUCUCAUCCACGUCCACCUUAUAAAACCCCUCAUUUUCUCAAUCACAAUCAAUCUUCUCUAUCCACUCCCUCUUUCUCUUCUUCCACUCCAGCUUCCUUAAAACCAACAUGUGCGCUGUCGCCAUGUCGCACCUCCAACAGCUAGAGCUGCUCCACAAAUUAGAGGUCUUCAAGAUCAAAGGCAGGGACAAGCACGGCCGCAAGAUCCUCCGCAUUAUCGCCAAAUUCCUCCCAGCGCGUUUGGUGAGCGUGGAUGUUCUGAACAAGUACCUGGAGGAGAGGAUUUUCCCCAAGCUGGGGAAGAGGAAAUUCGCGGUGCUCUAUGUUCACACCGGCGUCCAGAGGAGCGAGAAUUUCCCCGGAAUCUCCGGUCUCCGGUGGAUCUACGACGCGAUUCCGGCCGCCGUGAAGGACAAUCUGGAAGCCGUCUAUUUCAUUCACCCCGGCCUCCAGGCUCGCCUCUUCCUCGCUACCUUUGGCCGUUUCCUCUUCAACGCUGGGCUCUAUGGGAAGCUGAGGUACGUGAGCAGGGUGGAUUACCUGUGGGAGAGUGUUCGUAGGAACGAGGUGGAGAUUCCGGAGUUUGUGUUUGAUCACGACGAGGACUUGGAGUACCGUCCCAUGAUGGAUUACGGCUUGGAGAGUGAUCACGCGAGAGUGUACGGUGCUGCUCCCGCACUGGAUUCGCCCGUCACCACCUACUCCAUGAGGUGCAUCUCAUAGGAUUAGUUACGUAUAUGAUAUUGUGCAGAAACAUAAACAAACAAGAAAAAACUUUAGUCCUUUUUCUUUUUUUUACUUUUUAGGUCCCGCUAGUGUGUCCAUACUUAUCCAAUAGUAUUUUCCCUUUUGUUUUCUAAUUCUAUCGCUGUUCCUUUCCUA